GGAAGCGUGCUGAAUAAGGAAGAGAAAAGAACGAGGCAGUUUAACCCACAGGGGCGAGAGAGUCUGAACAGCCGCCUCCUUUGUACAGCUUUCCUCCAAAUUGUCGGCAAUUUUCUUAUUCGUCUUCAAUAGACCGAACCAUCGCACACAAGUUUUGCUUUAUAGGGAACUCUUUUAUUCGUCUUUGUACCUUCACUCGAACCUCAUCUUAUCGCAUUUUGUUUGCCAUUAGCUAGUUUGCUAACGUAUUAGCUGCAUGUAACUGUCUCAUUGACAAAUCGCUAACAUAACGAGGUGAAAACUUCUGUUUAGUUUAGACAAGUCGAGUUGACGCAUUUGGCAUAGUUAUUAAGCUAGCAAGCUAACUUAGGUGGAAGUAAAACGUUUAGCACAUUGAUUUGUCUGUCGGAAAUAAUUUGACUAAGCAGACAGUGUGGAGUAACGUGAACGUUAGAAAGAAACGAAUCCUCUGUUCUGAUUUCCAGUUUGGACUCGUUGGCGGGGCGUUGCUGUGUCUUCAAAAUCAUUGCACCGGUAACGACGUUUUCCUGCUUGCAACCGUUCUGACGGGAUCGACUAUAUCAUCCAGCUCGAGCUAGUAGUUGUCGGAUACGCGUUUACAAUCUUUGCAUUGUAGGAUAGCUAGUUAGAGUAAUUAAAUUUAGAAAAUGGCCAAUAGUAUCGAAGCAGUGAAGCGAAAAAUUAAAGUUUUGCAGCAACAGGCGGAUGAAGCCGAGGAAAAAGCCGAGGUCUUGCAAAGACAAGUUGAAGAGGAGAAGAGAUCAAGGGAACAGGCUGAGGCUGAGGUGGCCUCUCUGAACAGGCGUAUCCAGCUGGUUGAGGAGGAGUUGGACCGAGCCCAGGAGAGACUGGCCACUGCUCUACAGAAACUGGAGGAGGCAGAGAAAGCUGCGGAUGAGAGCGAAAGGGGCAUGAAGGUGAUCGAGAACAGGGCCUCCAAGGAUGAGGAGAAGAUGGAGCUGCAGGAGAUCCAGCUGAAGGAGGCCAAACACAUUGCUGAAGAGGCUGAUCGCAAGUAUGAGGAGGUGGCCCGUAAACUGGUGGUCAUUGAGGGUGAACUGGAGCGUACAGAGGAGAGGGCGGAGGUGGCUGAGGCAAAAUGUGCUGAGUUGGAGGAGGAGCUGAAAAAUGUCAGCAAUAACUUAAAGUCCCUGGAAGCCCAAUCUGAGAAGUACUCUCUGAAAGAGGACAAAUAUGAGGAGGAGAUCAAGAUCCUGACCGACAAACUCAAGGAGGCCGAAACUCGUGCUGAGUUUGCUGAGAGGUCAGUGGCAAAACUGGAAAAGACCAUUGACGACCUUGAAGACGCACUGGCCAAUGCCAAGGAGGAGAAUGUCAAGAUCCAUGCUACCCUGGAGAAGACACUGGAGGACCUGAACAGCUUCUGAUUGGCUACUGGAGCUGUGGCGUGGCAUCCGCAUCUUCAGCACCACCCUUCUUAUUGCUCAACCUCCUCUGACCCAGCCCCUCUCUCCUACUGGGUGACUGCUUUAUCAACAUGGGGAGGGAGGCUGUUGAUUGUAUUUUUGUCUUUUUGGUGAUGGUAGCACUUUCUUCAGUCCACAUCUAGCCUAAAGUUUUCCUCAAAUAGACCAAAAUGACCACAUUCCCUCUAGUAUUUGCCGAUGCCCUCCUUUUGUAACUUCUUCAUAGCAGUCAUCUCAAAAGGCCGACACGUUCCAUCACCCACGUCUUAACCUUUAAUCACAGGUUUCUAAUUUGACACAUUCCAGCUUAGGUGUGAAUGUUUUAAGGUGUCUUUUUUGUCUGUUAGCCAUUUAGUUGUAAAGGUUUAAAUACACACAGCUUUUUGCUUUUCCUCAUCACAACCAGUUAACAGGGGUGUAUUGGGUUGGACAUACAGCAGGGGGACAUUCCCCAUAAGAAUACUUGCCCUACCAACAUAUCUCUGGCCCCUCUAACCAUUCAACCUUUUCUGGACAAGCCAUUCACAUGCACUGCUUUUCUACUGUGCCAAUGUCCAGAGGAUCCACAAACGGCAACAUUUUUGCACGUUUUUGGUUAAUUUUAAAAGUACUGGCUGGGGCUGAUGGUUUUUCUUAAGGCAGUAGUGUUUUGAUGCAUGAUCAUUUGUAAUUUGUUCUAUAUGGAGGCAUUUUUCAAAAAGGGCCAUUAUCUAAAAUGACUGUAAAUUUAACGGUUUUCUUUCCUCAUCAAGAUCAGGAAAUUUUGACAAGAAGGUUGUAUGAUGUUAAAGGAGUAGAUUGUGCCAUAGCUUCAGAAGGAAUUGGACAGAAUAUUUUAGCUUAUUGCAGCCUAUGUUCUUUUGUUUUGUUUUAGUUAGGGAAUUGGGAUAUUUAUCUGGAUGAGAUGAUGUAAGGACAAGGGGAGGGGUGUGAUCAGCCAAUCACCACACAUUCCACUGCCAAAAUGGACUCGUAGGGGCCAAUGAGGGGGAAUAGGGAGAAGGGAAACGAGGGUAUUAUCUACACCUCUUAUCAGUAUAGAUCAACAGUUUUUUUUCGAGCAAAUUAAGUGAAACGAAAACCUUAAAAUGAAUAACUGGAACUUUUCACUUAAAACUAAGGCCAUACAAAGUUGAUUUACUGUUACAUGUAUGCUACUUGUCACAUUUCUCAAAUAUUUUUAAAAAGCAUCAGGAGAUACAACUUCCUCGUAGACACAAUAGUAUUUGUACAAAUCUGUACACUAAUUUGCUCGCUCACCAGUUUUGAAAACAGUGAAACAGUUAACCAAGUUUGUUUGGCCAAAGCGGUGUAAACAUUUUGUUACCAGUAAUGUUUUCAUUGUAAUAAUCAUGACACAAUUGAUUUUUUUUUUUUUUAAAUAAAGGACCAUGAUUUGUAUUGACAUUACAAAAUUGA